UACGAAAUCAAAAGGAAAGGUUGGCCCGAUGUGCGACGUGGAUUCAUGCCGUUCUCAUAUAGCUUCCAAAACCGCACGCAACGCAGCGUUGAAACUAUUAAUUCCCCCUUUCAUUUUUUCGGUUUCAUUAUCAGAAGUGCAUUAAUAUACAGAAAUCCGAAUCAAUGGCUGCAUCAGUUGCGAUUGGGCUGAGAACAGCAUUUGUGGUGUUGGGCUGUAUCAUCACCGCCACUGUCAUUUACACCACUGUCACUGAUGGACUCCCUUUCCGCAAAGAACUACUCACUCCGUGGAUGGCAGCAACUCUGGUCGACUUCUAUAUCAAUAUUCUGGCAAUAGGGGCAUGGAUUGUGUAUAAGGAAUCAAGCUGGAUUCGGGCACUGAUUUGGAUAGUUUUGCUUGUAUGUUUAGGAAGCAUUACCACAUGUCUGUAUAUUGUUGUGCAGUUCCUAAAGCUGUCUUCUCAAGAAUCAAUACAAGAUCCUAUUUAUUUUGUGCUUAAGAAUAAGAAAAAGGAUGAAGCAGAAUCAGGGAGAAUUGUAUCAGUUGCAAGUGCACGGGUUCUUUUCAGUUUCUUGGGUUGUCUUAUGCUUGGCACAUUGGUUUACACAAUUGCCACUGAUGGAUCUCCUUUUCGAAAAGAUCUUUUAACUCCGUGGUUGACAGCAACAUUGAUUGAUUUUUAUGUUAAUGUUAUUGCUUUAUCGGUUUGGGUGGCAUAUAAGGAACCUAAUUGGUUAACUGCAGCAUUUUGGAUUCUUUUGUUGAUCUGCUUUGGGAGCGUUAGUACAUGCGUCUACAUUGUCCUACAGCUUUUCCGUCUCUCAUCUCAAGAUCCCGUUUCUCUUGUUCUUUUCAGCAGCAGAGAUAUCAGGGCAGGAAACAACUAUGAGAAAGCUGCGCAGGCUGAUAGAUACAUGUAGUUUGGUUGGUGAGUGAUAAUUAUUACUAUAUUGUUCCAUGCGUUUGGAGCGCAUGAAAUUUGUAUAAUCUUGGAUUGUGACAAUAACUUGAUAUCAUUGUGAGGUUGAUUUUUAAUAAAAUUAGGUUAUUAAAAUUAAUAAGUCACUUAGUUGCUAGAUUUUGGGAGGAAAAAUUGAAAGGAAAAAGUUCAAACGUGUCAAUAAUCAACUACCUUCAACCAAAAUGCACGCAAUAGUAUAGAACACCACAAAUCAUUGAUGCCUAUAGUAACAUAAUG